AUGGUCCAGAUCGAACGCAUUACUCCUGGUGACGGCAAGACGUUUCCCAAACCGGGUGACACUGUGACUAUGCACUACACUGGCACGCUUGCUAAGAACGGUAGCGAGUUCGACUCGUCGCGCAAGCCUGGUCGUGAUGCUUUCCAGACGCAGAUCGGCGUUGGUCGCGUGAUUCAGGGCUGGGAUCAGGGUGUUCCGCAAUUGAGCCUCGGUGAACGAGCCAAGUUGAUCAUCCCGAGCAAUGAGGGUUACGGCUCGCAGGGCGCCGCUGGCGUCAUCCCCCCUAACGCCGAUUUGAUCUUCGACGUCGAACUGCUCGCUAUCAACGGAAAGCGCGCUUGA